AUGUUGAAACAAAUAUGCUUCGUUUUUUUGUGCUUUGUGCUUGCGAUCCAAGCGGAAGUUCUUGAAUAUGAAGAAAUAUUAAGGGAAGGUGCCAAACUAGGAGAUGUGUCACCGGUGUGCAGUAAUCAAAUAAAUGCCAUACCUCAAGAGGCAUUAGUGCAAAUGUACGAUGCCAGUUCACGGAUACUUACAUCAGGAUUAUUCUACAGUAGUCCAUCUGAUUUGGGUGUAUACGAUCAAUGUCUUGCUAUAAAAUUCGACACUAAUACUAAUAAUUUGGUUGAAACUGGCAUAGGAAAACACUGUGUUGGUGUCAAACUAAAUUUAAUAGGGAUUAAUGUAACAAGAGCAUUCUGUGUGCCAGACGGGUGUUCAAUUAGUGACUUGCAAUUGAUAUUUAAUAACGAUUUACCGAUAGAUUGGUUAUACACAAACUGGACUGAAGCGAAGUGUUCCACAAUAAACACAGGAAAGGAUCUUGAUGGUUACGACAUUACCGUAAUAUGCGUUUUUGCAGUUAUUUUAAUGUUAAUGAUAAUGAGUACCGUUUAUGAUGUCAUAUGUAAACGACAGUCUAAGCCAAAGAUUGAGGUACUUACGGCAUUUUCUAUUUACACAAAUACUAAAAAACUUUUGCACGCCUCAAAAGGAAGUAGAGAACAAAUUCAAAUCUUUCAUGGCUUGAAAUUCAUCAGUAUGAUGUGGAUAAUUGCUGGUCAUGGUAUGGUUGGUGUAUUAUCGACGCCUCUUAUAAAUUUAUUUACGGCUGGAAAAUUUCUGACUGAAAGAUACAAUUGGUAUAUAAGCAGUGCACCUUUGGCAGUCGAUACGUUCUUCUUCAUUUCUGGUUUCCUGUUGCCGUACACAUAUUUGAAACAAGGCAAAGGAAGGAGUAUGGCAGUACAGGUGAAGGCACUACCCAUGUUUUAUAUCCAUAGAUAUUUAAGAUUGACUCCUGGAUUAGCUGCUAUUUAUUUGGUAUCAAUAUCAAUAUUUAGACGCUUCGGUAGUGGUCCCAGUUAUCUUGCUAGCACAGAAGGUCUUGCAGAAACUUGCAAGAAACGAGCAUGGCCGUUUUUCACUUAUCUUCAAAACUAUUAUAAUUAUGAUAAUUUGUGUUUAACUCAAACAUGGUAUGUGGCUGCUGACAUGCAAAUGUAUGUAAUAUCUCCAAUUGUACUAAUACCAACAGCAUAUUACAUAGCAAAAAAAUAUAAGACAGUUAUGUGGUCUCUUGUGGGAGUUGUUGUCUUUUCUGUUAUUCUUCCAUUGGUAAUAAAGUUUUCGUUUCAGGAUUAUGACAAUUCAUACGAUACCCAUACAAGAUUACCAAAUUAUUUCAUGGGCUUUCUAUUUGGAGUUUACCUACGAGAGAAUAUUGACAAGCCUUUCUUGUUGAAGAAACACGCAUCUAUCAUAAAUUUGAUUUUGUGGAUUGCCUCAUUACUAUUAAUGUUGGCAAUCUGUUUAAUAUACGGAGAUUUUUAUGUAAAUGACUCUUUAGAAACUCCAUAUUCUUACGUUGAAAAAAGUGUAUUUUACGUUUUAAUGAGGCCAGCUUGGAGCCUAGGUUUAUGCUGGAUAAUUUAUUCGUCUUACCAUGGAUAUGGAGGUGUAGUAAACUGGCUGUUAACAAGACCAAAUAUGCAAGUUGGAAGCCGUUUGACGUUUUGUCUUUAUCUGGUACAUGGUUCUGUUAUAACUCAUUAUAUUCUGGAGACAAGGUCCAAAGUUUAUUUCAGUGAUUACUACCAGUUUGUAACAUGGUGUGGCUAUUUCAUCGUGUCUUUAAUAGUCGCUUUUAUAUGGGCUUUGGCGUUCGAAUCUCCGUUUGUUAUAAUUGAGAAAUUUAUUUUUGGAGGUGCCGCUAAGAGACAACCUAGGAAGGAUAAAGAAUUAGCUUAACUUUUAAUUGUAUCGUAUUAUAUUUUAAGUGACUAAUAAAAUAGUACUAUAUGUUUUCCUUUAAUUUUAUUGUUUAAUUCAUAUAGUUCUAAUCUAUAUGGGUUUAUAUAAUCUAUAACAAUUA